AUGGCUGAUCGAGCAACCACCCUCGCGCGCGGAAAUGGCAAGCAGAAGUCGUGCGAAGCCUGUCAGAAGACGAAGGUCAAAUGCGAUUAUAAGACGCCAUCCUGUGGUCGGUGUUCUCGAAGGGGAACUAUGUGCUUGUACAGCCGUACACCUGGGACAAGCAAAUUUCGGAUCACAAAAGGGGAGGCCAGUGCCCCAUAUACUGUCUCGUGGGCUCCUACCCGCUCCAAUAGUUUGUAUUGUGAUUGCGUAGUCACUAAUCCGCGCAGAAGGCCAUGCUCAGAUCCGCCAUUUGCCCCACCCCGAGAAGACAUACCGGCACAGGGCAUCACAAUCCACACAGUGGCCUCAGCAGACACGGGCUUCCUGGGGCCGACCAGCUAUCGGGCCGAAGUGCAACACGCCGCACAUUCGCACAUCAUUGUAAAUACUGCUCAAAGUAUGGGACAUGAGGGAGCGGCGGACGCUCAAGGAACCCUGACGGUCGAACUGGAGCGCCUGGAGCAGGGUCUAAGGAUCAUUGACUAUCUGAAUGCGCACGCCACCUUGAUCCGCAAACUGGUCGACCGGAUGUAUACGCUGGGCCGACUUGUGAUCAUCCCGAAAGUCAUCAUGCGAGGUGUACUAGAUAGCCUAUGGGAGGCACUCAGCGAGGAUCCCGUCCAGAGCGAUGCUUUGAAUUCGAGAAGUGUGGUUCACAUCUUUGAAAACUCAUACAAGCCCAUGCCCUCGGGCAAGCCCAUUGGGGUGGAGCAGUUUUGCUCCUUGAUUACUGGGGUCAAUGUCCGGUGGGAGACUAUUGGGAACGUCCUAGUGAUGGCCUGCUUGUGCUUGUGUCAUAUUGCCGAAUCGGAGGCGACACUGUUGGAUCCGUCAGCUAGCUCCACGCCGGCGCAGAUUCUAUCUCGACUCCGAGAAAUGACGAAUCGGGCGAUAUUUCUCUGCAGUGGACUCCCACUGUGCAAUGAGCUGGUGGUCUGUCUGAAAUAUAACCACAUGUUGCUUAUGUCUCAGCUCUGGGGCAAUACCGAUCAGCGAAUUUAUUAUGCCCUUGGGGAGCUGACGUCUGCUGUAUAUGCCACGGGCAUGCACCAGCACAGGGGGUCUGGUGACAAAUAUCCCAAAUUUCUCAGUGCAUGGCGCCAGAGAUGUUUCGCUAUUGUUUAUUCGAUGGACAAAAUCUUUGCCACCUUCUUCGGGAGACCACCAUUCCUCAAUCGCCACUACUGCAAUAUAGAGCCAGUCGUUGAGCUACGCGGCGUGAUAGAAGAUCCAAGCCACCCAACACUGGAGAGGCUCGACGAGGUCUAUUGUAAUGAAAAGAGCGGGAACGAUCAACCGGAGCCGCCAGGCUACCUCCGUGUUCGUUACCUCCUGUCCAUUGUUCGUGAGGAGAUUCUCGAACUUCACCUCGGAACAGCGACUCACGACGUUUCUGUAAAAUCAGAACAGUUAAUCCGCAAGCUCCAGUCCCUCUGGGAGUCCUGCUCCCCUCGGUUACAAUAUUCCCCGCAGCUAUGGACAAUACCCAUGCCACGUCAAACCAUCUGGUUCAUCUUUGCUCUCUACUUGGAACAUCGCUACUCGUUGUUUUUAAUUCAACGGCUCCGGGCCCAAAAGUGUCCCUCCGAGUCCCCCGCUCCGUUGCUGUCUGUAGCCAAAGAUAUCCUGUCAACCAUUCUGGUGCUUAACAAGGAACGCGAGCGCUUGCGAGAGAUCCGUAGUGACUUGGGCAGUGUGGUGGGUUCAAAUCACAAUUCUUCGCGGCAAAACAUGCUGAUAGGCCGCUGCCAGCUUCUUCCCUUUGGACUCCCCACCGCAGAAGUACUAUUGCAAGAUCUCCUUCAUACUCCCGUGGAAUUUCCGAGCAUACCGUGUGGACGACCUUCCCGGUCGGAUACCAUCCGCGACCUCAUUCUGUUCGUCUCGUGUCUCGAAUGGGCUGUUAAGCCGGAGUCGGGUCAUUUCGAAUUCGCGCAAACCAUCCAAGAGAGGUUCACCCGACUGCUCGAUGCGAUCCUUGACCCGCAUCGUAGUAGACCAGUUCAGGUACCUGGUGGCGCUACAGGUGCGGACUGGCCUCCUGAAGACAGCGGAUACCUUAACUCAGAGGUCGAUGUUAACCACUUCGUCGAUUGGGAUUUUACUAGUACCCAGGGUGUCGGUUUUGAUUUGUUGAGCGGGUCGAUAAUCUGA